AGUAGGACCUAUUUGGUGGACGGCCUGUGUUACAACCACUGGUGAAAAUAACGUGUGUGCUGUCCUUUGCCAGCUACGUUCUCACAAUAAAAUAAAAAUACAAACUUAAAGCAUUGCCUCGACAAUAGCAUCACAUACAUUGGUUCAACUAAAGUAAACUAAGUUAUAGCAUUGUUUUAAGGAAGUAUUCAUCAUGAACCGAAGAUGAUGCCAACCAUUUGUAAGUAGCUAAACUAGUUAGCCUGUCAGCCUGGUCUCAUAGACUAAACAUAACAUAGUAAAUGUAAAUCAGGGAUGAUCAAUUUAAUAUGAUAUGUUAGGUUUGGUAUGGUUACAUAAGACAGAAACCUACUUAAGGCAAAAACGAAAGGAGGUUGGUUGGUCGGGGUGGAUGGGUGGCAACCAAAAUAUUCCGCGUUCGAAUCUCAUAAUGGAUCAUUUUAGCUAAUUAGCAACUUUACACCUACCGACUACUUUUAACUACUUAGCAUGUUAGCUAACCCUUUAACCAUACUUUAACCCCUAGUCUUGCUAAUGUUAGCCAGCUAGAUAACGUUAGCCUCCUAGCUAAUGUUAGCCACAACAAAUUGGAAUUUGUAACAUAUUUAUUUUGCAUAUUCGUAACAUAUUGUAUCUUUUGCAAAUUCGUAGCAUAUUGUAUGAAUUGCAAUUCGUAACAUAUCAUACGAAUUGUAAUGUGUAACAUCAUACGAAAUGGAUGAUGGACAUCCACAAAUUAAUAAAUACCAUACAAAACUUAACAUCAUAGUAAAUGGAGUGACUGAUUUACAUACAGAAUAAUAAGAAAUGCUCAGAGUCUAAUGUUAAGAAAGCAGAAUUUCAGACACGAAGACCACAGCCAACCUUGUGCUACUUGUUCUUCUCCCACAGAACCUACUGCAAUUUGAUCUGCUCUGUCCUUUCUCACAGAACCCUCAUGUUUGGUCCAGUGCCGUGUAGAUUACCAGGAGGCUUCAAAACGUGCAUCCUCCGACCAGUAGCCAGGGUUUUCACCAGCAGCGCCAGAAUGGCCAAGAGCAAGUUCGAGUACGUCCGUAACUUCGAGGCAGACGACACCUGUCUGAAAAACUGUUACAUCGUGGUGCGGUUGGAUGGGAGGAACUUCCACAAGUAAGUAUCUCCAGAGAAUAGCUGGGGGUGUAUAUGCAGUGGCAUCCUCUCCUCUCUUCAGCACUGAAUGAUCUGUGCAGACUGAAUAUGUGGAGAAAAUCGUUACCAUACAAGGGAGUUCCUGUAGCAUUUCACAGUCAAUUGCUUAGUGACCAAGAAGGAAGGGAAGGAGGCAUUUUAUUAUUGAGAUGCUCCCUUGAAGUGGACUGGGGGAACGAGAAUGAGAAGCCGGGUGACAAAUUACCACUAGUGUUAGUAACUGUAGCUCGACCCACUGACUGACUGACUGACUGACUGACCCACUGACUAAUUGAUCCACUGACUGACCGACCCACUGACUGACUGACUGACUGACUGACCCACCCACUGACUGACUGACCCACUGACUGACUGACCCACUGACUGACUGACUGACUGACUGACUGACUGACCCACUGACUGACUGACCCACUGACUGACUGACCCACUGACUGACCGACCCACUGACUGACUGACCCACUGACUGACUGGACCCACUGACUAACUGACCCACUGACUGACUGACCCAGUGACUGACUGACUGAGUGACUGACUGACUGACCCACUGACUGACUGACCCACUGAAUGACUGACCCACUGACUGACUGACUGACUGACCCACUGACUCACUGACUGACCAACUGACUGACUGACCCACUGACUGACCCACUGACUGACUGACCCACUCACUGACUGACUGACCCACUCACUGACUGACUGACCCACUGACUGACUGACAGACCCACUGACUGACUGACUGACCCACUGACCGACUAACCCACUGACUGACUGACCCACUGACUGACUGACCCACUGACUAACUGACCGACCCACUGACUAACUGACCGACCCACCCACCAACUGACUGACCGACUGACCCUGUGUUGCUGUAGGUUUGCAGAGCAGCACAACUUCCUGAAGCCCAACGACGACAGAGCUCUGGGUCUGAUGACGCGCAGCGCCAGGUCUGUCAUGGAGGACCUGGAUGACAUCACCAUCUCAUACGGACAGAGUGACGAGUUCAGCUUCGUCUUCAAGAGGACCUCCAACUGGUUCAAGAGAAGAGCCAGGUAAUAACACACAUGUACAGAGACACACACACACACCACCACACAGACACUCACAAUAAAUGUUUAUUGCAUUUGAGAUUAUUGCAUUACCCCCUUACUUUUCUCAUCUCCUCCCUCUCUCCUCCCUCUCCUCUACCUGCCCUCCUCCAUUCCCCCUCUUCUCCCCCUCCUCCCCCUACAGUAAGCUGAUGACCCAUGUAGCGUCCCAGUUCUCCUCUUCCUAUGUGUUCUACUGGAGGGACUACUUCGGAGACCAGCCCCUCCUCUACCCCCCGGGGUUUGACGGGCGGGUGGUUCUGUAUCCUAGCAACCGCAACCUCCGAGACUACAUCAGCUGGAGGCAGGCUGACUGUAAGUAUACACACACACACACACACACACACUCCUAUCCCCAAAUACAUUGUCCUGUGUGCGUAUGCUUUGAUUACAAUCAAUUUUCUUCCACAUUUCUGGAUCCCUUUCGUAAUCGUGUGUGUGUGCUCUCCAGGUCACGUCAACAACCUGUAUAACACAGUGUUUUGGACGUUGGUGCAGAAAGGUGGACUCACCACUACACAGGCAGAGGACAGGCUAAAGGUGAGACUUACUCCAGUCAGAUUAGCGUAAUUACAGGUGUGGGGGUGUGUCACAGUCUUAAAAUAUCUGCUGUUUUUGAGGUGUGGAAUUUUCUAAGGGGCAUCUGCUUGUUAGUCAUAACUUGUAUAAUUAUUAUGAUAAUAGCUUUAGAAUGGAUGACUACAUCAUGUUGUUUACGUUCACUGAAAACUACCUCAGUAGACCUUUCCAUAUUUAUUUGACCAAGACCUUUAGAUACAGUGCAUUCGGAAAGUAUUCAGACCCCUUGACUUUUUCCACAUUUUGUUACGUUACAGCCUUAUUCUAAAAUUGAUUAAAUAGUUUUUCCCCCUCAUCAAUCUACACACAAUACCCCAUAAUGACAAAGCAAAAACAGGUUUUUAGACAUUUUCGCACAUAAAAAAAAAUAAAAACGGAAAUAUCACAUUUACAUAGGUAUUCAGACCAUUUACUCAGUACUUUGUUGAAGCACCUUUGGCAGUGAUUACAGCCUCAAGUCUUCUUGUGUAUGAUGCUACAAGCAUGGCACUCCUGUAUUUGGGGAGUUUCUCCCAUUCUUCUCUGCAGAUACUCUCAAGCUCUGUCAGGUUGGAUGGGGAGCGUCGCUGCACAGCUAUUUUCAGGUCUAUCCAGAGAUAUUCAAUCAUGUUCAAGUCCGGGCUCUGGCUGGGCCACUCAAGAACAUUCAGAGACUUGUCCCAAAGCCACUCUUGCAUUGUCUUGGUGUGUGCUUAGGGUCAUUGUCCUGUUGGAAGGUGAACCUUUUCCCCAGUCUGACGCCAUGAGCGCUCUGGAGCAUCAAGGAUCUCUCUGUACUUUGCUACGUUCAUCUUUCCCGCGAUCCUGACUAGUCUCCCAGUCCCUGCCGCUGAAAAACAUCCCCACAGCAUGAUGCUGCCACCACCAUGCUUCACCGUAGGGAUGGUGUCAGGUUUCCUCCAGAUGUGACGCUUGGCAUUCAGGCCAAAGAGUUCAAUCUUGGUUUUAUCAGACCAGAGAAUCUUGUUUCUCAUGGUCUGAGAGUCCUUUAGGUGCCUUUUGGCAAACUCCAAGCAGGCUGUCAUGUGCCUUUUACUGAGGAGUGGUUUCCAUCUGGCCACUCUACCAUAAAGGCCUGAUUGGUGGAGUGCUGCAGAGAGGGUUGUCCUUCUAGAAGGUUCUCCCAUCUCCACAGAGAAACUCCAGAGCUCUGUCAGAGUGACCAUCAGGUUCCCUGACCAAGGCCCUUCUCCCCCAAUUGCUGUUUGGCCGGGCGGCCAGCUCUAGGAAGAGUCUUGGUGGUUCCAAACUUCUUCCAUUUAAGAAUGAUAGCGGUCACUGUGUUCUUGGGGACCUUCAAUGCUGCAGAAAUGUUUUGGUACCCUUCCCCAGAUCUGUGCCUCGACACAAUCCUGUCUCAGAGCUCUAUGGACAAUUCCUUCAACCUCAUGGCUUGGUUUUGCUCUGACAUGCACUGUCAACUGUGGGACCUUAUAUAGAAAGAUGUGUGCCUUUCCAAAACAUGUCCAAUCAAUUGAAUGUACCACAGGUGGACUCCAAUCAAGUUGUAGAAACAUCUCAAGGAUGAUCAAUGGAAACAGGAUGUACCUGAGCUAAAUUUCGAGUCUCAUAGCAAAGGGUCUGAAUACUUAUGUAAAUAAGGUAUUUCUGUUUUAAAAAAACCUGUUUUCGCUUUGUCAUUAUGGGGUAUUGUGUGUGGAUUGAUGAGGACAUUUUAUUUAUUUAAUCCAUUUUAGAAUAAGGCUGUAACGUAACAAAAUGUGGAAAAAGUCAAGGGGUCUGAAUACUUUCCGAAUGCACUGUACUUAAUCAAAUCUCUGUGAUGUAUGUCUCUCUCUCUCUCGCGCUCGCUCUCUCUCUCCCAGGGAACUUUGGCAGCAGAUAAGAAUGAGAUCAUGUUUUCUGAGUUUGAUAUCAAUUACAACAAGGAGCCUCUGGUCCACAGGAAAGGAACUGCCCUCAUCUGGGAGAAGGUGAGUUCUCAGGUUGUCUUUAAUGCACCCUAUUCCUUAUAUAUUGCCUCUUGUCAGAAGUAGUGCACUAUAUAGAGAAUAGGAUGCCAUUUCAUAUACAUUCAUAUAAAUACUUCCAGGCUUGUGUGUGAGGGCGGUAAGUAGUGUAGCGGUUAAGAGCUUUGGGGCAGUAACCAAAAUGUUGCUGGUUCGAAUCCCCAAGAUGACUAGCUGAAAAAUCUGUCGAUGUGCCCUUGAGCAAGGCACUUAACCCUAAUUGCUCCUGGGUCACCAUCAAUAAUGGCUGAUCCCUGGCCGUGACCCCCCUCUCCAAGGGUGUCUGGGGGAGUGGGAUAUGGGAAAAAAAGAAUAAAAAAAUCCAACUCAGGUGGAUAUUACAUGUGUGAAAUAGGACAAAUGUAAGCACCCACCUAAUUAUUCUUAUUUAUUAUGAUGGUUAACCCCAUCCUUUGCUUCUCUCUCUCUCAAACUCUCUACCCCCUUCCCUCUGUCCCAGCUGGAAGAAACAGUGACCAAGAGUGUGAAGCUCCCCAACGAGGCGGAGGAGGAGGUGCUAGUAACACGCACCAGGAGGCGUGUCAGUGCCCACCACUGUGACGUCAUAGGGGACCAGUUCUGGGAGGAACACCCCAACAUUCUAGAAGACGACAACUGCUAAGCUGACGGGGAAACAGAACUUUUCCUAGUGGAGCAGAAAACAGCACAGACACUGGCCCUCUGUGGAUAACGUUGAGUUCGUCGUACUCCCAAAUGCUCCUGCUGUGGGAUGGAGAGGGUUGAGAGCUGUUAUGGACUCUGUAUGGACAGAUACUGUUAAUCACUAACUCUUGAUUGGAACAAACUGUUGGCGGUGGCAGUAAAACAAGGUCUUUCAUAACUCAAAACACCAUCAUGCUCUUUGCUCAUGUACUGUAUUCAAAUAUUUUACUGUGAUUAAAUACGGUCUGUCUUUUUAUGUCUGGAACCAUUAAACCAAGAGAGUACUGUUGAUUAUUUACAUUUACAUUUUAG